UCACACCUAUAUAAGUUAAUAACCACCAUAAACAAUUUUCCCAUAUCUUGAUCAUAAUACCAAACUUUUCAAUUUCAAAAUUCACCACCAUGGUCUCCCUUCAUACCUCUCUUUCUCCAAGCCGAAGAAAAAUCAUCCCAGAAUUGGAGAAUUUGUUCAAGAAGAGGAAAUUGCAUGAUGACGAUGAUCGGCCUGAUCAAGCUUCUCGAAACAUCCCUGAUCACCCCAUCAAAGGCCAACCCAUGAUCAAGUCCGCACCUGACACAGAGCUACAGCUCGAGACUCCUACACCUAUGGAGUGGCAACGUUGCCUUGAUAUCAAGUCGGGGCAGAUAUAUUUCUACAACACAAGAACAAAUAAGAGGAUGCUAACCGAUCCAAGGUCAAGCCCAGAGCCACCACAGCCAAGUCAUGGUCACAUGAGCUUAGACCUCGAACUUAACCUACCAUGUGGCUCAUCAGGUAAAACUCAGGUGACAAAUAUUUUCACGAAGAACAGCACCUCAAAUUCCUUGGGCGAUGAUCAUGAACUCCUCGUAAAUUCGAGUGCAACCAAGAACAACAACAAUAAUCAAAAAGGAGGUCUAACGCGGUCUCCCUCAUGGUUGACAUUCGAAGGAUCAGAGCAAGAGAUGGUGGCGGCUGCUUGCAAGAAGUGUCAUAUGUUGGUUAUGAUGUGCAAGUCUUCACCGUCUUGUCCAAACUGCAAAUUCAUGCAUCCUCCAGAACAAACCUCUCCAAGUCUUUUAAAACGAAGGCUAAGCCUUUUGUGCUAAUUAAAAUUUCUGUUGUAUCAAAUAAUAUAUUUAGCAUGCUUUUCAGAAUCAUCAUCAACCGUGAUCAUAUAUGUUAUAUAUCUAUGGUGCAAAUGUUUAUCGAUAUCCAACCUGCACCUGUAAUUUA